UCUAAAGCACUACGGCACCGUUUGGCAGGAGAGAGCUGGGCCGGUUAUGGGCUUCACCUCUUUAAAGUUUAAACACGCUGCGGUGUGCUCUCUCUCUCUAAUUCUCUUUCUACGUUUCUCUGUCUUCCCUUUCUCGGAUUUGGUCUGCUCGGGUUUCGAGUCGGAUCGAAGAUUCAGACAUAUUUGCUUGUUUGACAACAUCGUGAGCGCGAUACCUGAGCUUUGUUAAACGUCGACCGUCGGAAGCUCGAUUGUUCGACCGGAAAUGGCGGGGCACAACGCAAAUACUGAUCUGUUUGAUGCCUAUUUCAGGAGAGCGGAUUUGGAUGGCGACGGCAAGAUUAGUGGAGCUGAGGCCGUUGCCUUCUUUCAAGGCUCCAAUUUGACCCAACAAGUUCUUGCACAGGUUUGGAAGCAUGCUGAUCAGAAAGACGCUGGUUUUCUUGGUAGACAGGAAUUUUAUAAUGCUCUUAAACUCGUCACCGUCGCACAAAGCAACCGAGAGCUGACCCCCGAAAUGGUGAAGGCUGCAUUGUAUGGCCCGGCUUCAGCUAAAAUUCCAGCACCUCGAAUAAACUUUGCUGCCACACCUACUCCUAGAGUGCCAGCACAGGUUCCACAAAUGGGUAGCAUGACACCAUCACCAUCUUCAAAUGUUAGCAUCAGUGGGUCACCUGUACCAGGAUCUGUGAGCACGAAUCAGCAGUUUUUCGCAUCCCAUCAAAACCAAUUUGUAAGAUCACCCCAGGCUUUAUCUCCUGCUACUGCAUCACAUCCAUUACUUCCCAGCCAAAUUAUGCCAAGGAGUGGAGCUAACCUGGUAGGUCCCAACCCACCUGCUGCAAAUGUCUCUACCAACUGGCUUGGUGGAGGCACAGGUUCCCCAACUUCACAGGUUACUAGCAAAGGCAUCAAUUCCUUGACUGCUCAGGAUGGUUUUGGGCUUACAACAGGAAGUUCUGUUCAAUCUAGAACACAGAUGACCACUUUGCCAACAACUUCUAUUGAACCAAAACCACAAGAUCUGACCACAACAUCCAACCAUGUUGCAGCCAAGGAAUCUAAUGCAGUGGUGGUUUCAGGGAAGGGGGUUGCCUCUGACUCGCUCUUUGGAGAUGUAUUUUCUGCAACUCCUGGUCAACCAAUUCAAAACUCGUCAGCAGCUACAUCCUCCGCUGGUGGCUUGCCUGUCUCAUCAGCGAUUGUUCCUGCAUCUAUGGGCUCCCUAUCUUCAGUAAAAUCAAAUACGUUUGAAUCUCUACAAAGUUCAUUUUCUCAGCAACCCCUUGGUGGUCAGUUACAGCAUGGGCAGUCAACUGGAAAACAAAAUCAGCAGGUUGUAGCUAGUACUACUGCUUCUACCCCAACCAGCUUUUCUGCUGGAGCACAGAAUUUAACAGCCCAUCAGUCACAGCCUCCAUGGCCAAGAAUGAAUCAGUCCGAUGUUCAAAAGUAUGCGAAAGUGUUUUUUCAAGUAGAGACCGAUAGAAAUGCGAAAAUCACCGGUGAACGGGCACGAAGCCUGUUCUUGAGUUGGGGGCUGCGACGAGAGGUCUUAAAGCAGGUGUGGGAUUUAUCCGAUCAAGAUAACGACGGCAUGCUUUCUUUGAAGGAAUUCUUUGUUGCUCUCUAUUUGAUGGAACGCUUCAGGGAAGGGCGCCCUCUUCCACUAGUGCUUCCAGGCACUAUUAUGCCAGAUGAAGCCUUGUUGGCUGCCGCUGGGCAGCCUACAACAUCAUAUGGAACUGCAAGUUGGGGGCCUAGUACUGGUUUACCUCAAUCACAAAUUACAAGACACGCACGACCUCCAGUCCCACCUGUUACUGGAGGAAAGCCUCCAAGGCCAUCUACUGUUUCUCAAAAUGAUGGGACUACACAGCCCAGGCAACUGAAACCCAAAGUACCAGUCUUGGAAAAGCAUAUUGUGGACCAACUUAGCCAAGAGGAGCAGGAUUCCCUAAACUCAAAGUUCCAAGAGGCUUCUGCAGCAGAUAAAAAGGUGGAAGAAUUGGAAAAGGAGAUAUUGGACUCCAAUCAGAAGAUUGAGUUCUUUCGUGUCAAGAUGCAGGAACUCAUUUUAUAUAAGAGUAGAUGUGAUAAUCGACUUAAUGAGAUUACAGAACGGGUGUCUGCAGAUAAACGUGAGGUCGAUUUGCUAGCAAGGAAGUAUGAAGAGAAAUACAGGCAGGCUGGGAAUGUAGCAUCCAAAUUAUCUCUCGAAGAGGCCACAUUUCGUGACAUUCAGGAGAGGAAAAUGGAAUUGUAUCGAGCCAUUGUUAAAUUAGAAGCAGGAGGCACGGAGGAUGAUGUUCUUAAGGACCGUGCUGAUCAUAUCCAAUCAAGUCUUGAGGAACUAGUGAAAACUAUGAAUGAACGCUGUAAACAAUAUGGAUUGCGUGCCAAACCAAUUUCAGUUGUUGAGCUCCCUUUUGGUUGGCAACCUGGAAUUCAAGAGGCAGCGGCUGAUUGGGAUGAAAAUUGGGAUAAGUUUGAAGAUGAAGGAUUCACAUUUGUCAAGGAGCUUACCCUUGAGGUGCAAAAUAUCAUACUCCCCCCAAAACCAAAAUCUACAUCAUAUCGAGAAGAAGUGACUUCAACGAAUGAGGGUUCAAAUAAUUCAUCAAAUGCUUUAAGCAAGUCAGAGAAGCUUUUAAGUACAGGCGAGCAAAUUUCUGAGGAGUCUGCUAAUAACCAAACUGAGAAUGGUGUUUCGAAAAGACAUCCUGAAAGUCCAGAUGGUGAAACUGCGACAGACAGCCAGUCUCUACAUAUCGAUUCCCAACCCAAAGGAAGUGCUGGCGCUGAUGGAUUUCCACAUUUUAGAGACACUGAAAGUAAUCAUGGAUCAGCAGAGCCUGAGCUCUCUAGAGACAAAAGUUUUGAUGAACCUAAUUGGGGCAAAUUUGACACUCAUGAUGAUGCUGAAUCAGUUUGGGGCUUUGACUCUAUGAGUAUCAAGGAUAUGGAAAAUGAGAGGCGCCAUCAAAAUUCUAUGUUUGGUCUUGAUGACUUCAGUCUCAAGCCAAUAAAAACAGAGCCCUCAGAUAACAUGUCCAGGGGAAAGAGCUCAUUUUUGUUUGCAGAUUCUGUACCAAGCACCCCUGCAAAGCCAUCAUAUAUAUUUGCGGAUUCUGUUCCCAGCACCCCCGCCCCUGUAAGGGGGUCGUCUAUUUUUGCGGAUUCUGUUCCAAGUACGCCUGCCUACCAUUUUGAGAACACCCCUGGAAAGUUUGGUGAGGGACCAGAUGAACACCCAUUCAACAACUUUUCUAGGUUCAACUCAUUUAACAUGAAUGAAAACACACAUUCCCCAAGGAAUUCUUUUGCAAGGUUUGAUUCCAUGCGCAGCACAGGAGACUCUGAUUUCGGCCAUGGGUUCCCAUCAAGUUUUGAUUCAUUUAAUGCUCGAGACUCGGAAUUUGGUCAUGGGUUUUCUUCAAGGUUUGAUUCAUUUAGCACUGGAGAUCAUGAUGACAGUGACAGAUUCCCAUCAAGGUUCGAUUCUUUUAAUGCCAGAGAAUCACAAGAUCCUGGGUUUGUGACGAGGUUUGAUUCAUUUAGCACUAGAGAAUCUCGUGCUGGCCAUGGUUUCCCAUCCACGUUUGAUGACGGGGGAUUCUCUCAAUCCUCACGCACGCUAGCGAGGUUUGACUCUGUACGUAGUAGCUCCAGUGAUUUCCCAUCAUUCGAUAAUACAGAUACAUUUGAUUCAAGAGGACCAUUUAAGACUUCAGGCCAAAGUGAAACUCCAAGAACUUAUUUUGAUAAUUGGAAUGAAACUCCAAGAAAAGAUUCUGACAAGUGGAGUGCAUUUUAGUUAGGUUUGGUGUUAAUCGGUGUGCGCAAUCCUUUUUUCCCAUUUGAAGCCUUCUUGAAUCUUGAUUGGGAUGUUACUGAAGCUGUUGCGGCCUUGAUAUUUGGUUGGUAUAUACAAUAUAGUACAGAAAAUUUAAUUGAGUGAUUAUUUUGUGUGGGUGUAGUCGUGUACUUUCUCUUUUUUCCCCUUUGUUUUUAUGUUAGUGGUUACCUUUGCUUAUUGGUUUUGGUAAUUCUUUCGUAUGAACAUCCUGGAUAUAUAAAAUUUUCGUGUUAUAUUGUAUCUAGCAUUAAUGGCUUUGGUUUU